CUUAUUUUGAGACGAACGGAGUUAAUGUCUUUCAUUCCUUCUAUAUAAUAGACAUUUGAUCUCUCUAAACUACACCAUAUUAGUACGUCUUGCGUCUUCUGUUGAUUGACGGACUGAGUGCUGAGUUUUCACAAUGGGAUUGGGUGGAAGUGUAAAAGAGACUGCUUAUUUAUCCAUGAAGAAUCCUCGACAAGGAGGCUUUACAGCCACUUUAUUCAUAUUUGGAAUAAUGUUCCUGGAUAACAUAGGAUUUGUGGCAAAUAUGAUGAGUUUAGUUGUAUAUUUUGCAUCAGUGAUGCAUUUUGACCUAGCUGGUGCAGCAACUAAUACAACAAACUUCUUGGGUACUGCUUUCUUGGUCACAAUUAUAGGAGGCUUCAUUUCAGAUGCCUACAUGACUCGUCUCAACACUACCUUACUCUUUGGCAUUAUACAAUUAUUGGGGUAUUUACUAUUGAUAAUCCAAUCCCACUCCACAAAACUUCAACCACAACCUUGUGGAGAAUCAACGUGCGUGCAUGGUGGAAAGGCAUUGUUACUAUACACUUCAGUUUACUUAACGGCAUUGGGAGCAGGUGGAAUUAGGGGCUGUAUUCCGGCAUUGGGUGCUGAUCAAUUCGACGAAAACGAUCCGAAAGAGAGCAGCAAGAACAUAUCCAGCUUCUUCAACUGGUUCUUGUUAAGCAUAACUAUGGGAGCAUCUGUUGGAGUUACUGUUGUGGUUUGGGUCAGUACAAAUGUUGGCUGGGAUAAAGGGUUCAUUAUCUCUAUGGUUUGCUGUUUUGCUGGCCUCUGUUUUGUUUCCAUGGGAAAGCCCUUUUAUAGAGUGAGAGUUCCUGGUGAAAGUCCCUUGCUUAGUGUUUUACAGGUUUUGAUAGCAGCAGCUCGAAAUUGGUCUGUGCAACUACCAACUGAUAAGCGUCAACUAUAUGAGAUACGUGACCCAAACUCUGUUUCUCUUAUACAAGGACACCGCCUCCCUCAUACCCACCAAUUCAGAGUACUAGACAAAGCCGCGGUUCAAAUGGAGGGCACUGAUAAGCAAGGAAAAUGGAGGCUUUGUACUGUCACUCAAGUGGAAGAAGUGAAAAUCCUUACCAGGAUGAUGCCAAUCCUUCUAAGCACUAUCAUCAUGAACACAUGUUUGGCACAGCUACAGACAAUCUCAGUGCAACAAGGUACUCUAAUGGACCCUAGCCUUGGUAAGUUUGACGUACCUGCAGCUUCAAUUCCGGUCAUUCCUCUAGUAUUCAUGUCCGUCCUCAUUCCCAUCUACGAAUUCCUCUUUGUUCCUGUAAUGAGGAUGUUCACUGGCCAUCCCACUGGGAUAACGCACCUCCAGAGGGUCGGUGUAGGGCUCGUCCUCUCAGCAAUCUCCAUGGCCAUUGCAGGAGCCGUGGAAGUGAAGAGGAAGAAUGAGUUCAACCACCAUAAUCAUCGCACGAGCGUCUUCUGGCUCUCCUUUCAUUAUGCAAUCUUUGGGAUAGCAGACAUGUUCACGCUUGUUGGGCUAAUGGAAUUCUUCUACAGCGAGGCUCCAGCUGGGAUGAGAUCUUUAUCAACUUCUUUCUCGUUUCUGUCGCUCUCCAUUGGAUACUACUUGAGCUCUGCUUUUGUUGAGCUCAUCAACUCAAUCACUUCAAAGCUCACUUCAAACAAGCAAGGAUGGGUUCAAGGGAGAGACAUGAACAAGAACCAUAUUGAGCUUUUCUACUGGUUCCUAGCAAUCCUCAGCUUGCUCAACUUUGGGAACUAUGUCUUCUGGGCCAAUUGGUACAAGUACAAAAAGGACGGUCCUAUCGAUGAACAAAAACUUCUCCAUCCAGUUCUGUCUGUAACCAUGAGUAUGACCUCGCAACAGGCCAUCUCUACAAGUGAAGGUGAACAGAAAACCGAAAAAACUAAAGUUCAAGCAUAA